CAAUCAGGGUGGGAAGAAGAAAAAUUUUAAUUCAUGUUCGUUCUCUAUCUUGGUGAAUUUGCCACAGAUUCAAUUCUUGUCGAAGCCGGAAGUGUUCCCUGUCUUAUGAGGAAGAAAAUUGAAGAGUAAAUGAGGAAAGGACAUGGCACGUGGAUUCACGUACGCCAUCACAGCAGGAACGCUAGCAGCUCUGGGUAACGUGACAGCCAAGCUAACCUUCAGUCAGGCGGAAGCCCAACGUCUCUGUUUGGUUUCCCUAGCCAUCUUCAGCACCAUCCUACCUGUCGAUGAAACAUGCAGAGAUUGGGUCCUGCUGUUCCAAGGCGUGUCAGCGGUCGUGUGCAUCGUGUCCAAUGCGACUAUGGUACCGAAUCUAGUCAAGGCAUUGGCCCUGUGCGAAAAUUCCGUCCAAGCCGUUGUGAUCAAUACCGCCGUGCAAGUCAUCGUCACGUCUCUGGUAGGGAUGUUUCUUCUCGGAGAACAAUUGGGAGUAUUCUGGUGGAUGGGGAUGACCUUCAUCCUCCUGGGUUUCCACAUCAUCUACAGGAGCCAGGACAAUAUAUUUAAAGCUUCUUGAUAGUGGCGGCACUUUGCAUAUGCGUCUCGCACGUACUGUGGCUUGUGGUGUGCACGAUCAUCUUUCCCCUGAAUUCACGCUCUCACAGCGAGAGUAUGAAUCUCUUCACACCAGCCAAUAUACCUUUCCUUUUUUAUAUGUUUAUGUAUACGUAUGUAUACGUAUUAUGUUUAUGUGUUACCAUGGGCAUCAAUGACACGAAGAUGUGAUAUAAUGCGAAUACAACCAC